AUGAAUUUACCAUCAAGUGAAGUCUUUUACCUUCCUCAUCACGCUGUUUUGAAGGAAUCGAGCACCACAACGAAACUAAGAGUAGUUUUCGAUGCAUCACGCAAGUCAUCGACUGGUGUCUCAUUGAAGAAGAUGUUCAGGCAAAUUCAAUUAGCUCCUAAUCAACGAGACUUCCAACGGAUUGUGUGGAGAUUUGAUUCGAAUGGUCCGAUUAAAGAGUAUAGAAUUGCCACAGUAAUUGAUGGAACAGCAGCCGCACCAUUUUUAGCCACUAGGACACUCCGUCAAGUUGCUGAUGAUGUGAAAGAGGAAUUUCCGACUGCAGCUAAAGUGAUAAAGGAAGACUUCUAUAUGGAUGAUGUAUCAUCCGGAAGCUUUAGUGUGGAGUCCACUAUUCAGCUGCGAAGAGAUCUAGCCCAGAGUAUGGAUAGAUGUGGAUUUCGGUUACGGAAGUGGUUGUCUAACAGUCAGGAUGUUCUUGAAAGUAUUCCGGUAGAGGAUCGAGCUGAUUCAUCGGAUUUGGUUGAGAUUAUGGAGGAGAGUGUCAAAACACUAGGAGUUUUUUGGAAUCCAAAAAGCGAUUGCUUCGAGUUUAAAAUUUCAUCAUUUUCGUCAAGCGAGCAAUUAACCAAACGUCAACUUCUCUCCGAGAUUUCAAAGCUUUUUGACCCAAUUGGAUGGUUGUCACCUGUUACAAUCGUUGCAAAAACGUUCAUGCAGAGUUUGUGGAGUCUGAAAGAGAUCGGCUGGGAUGACAAGAUUCCCGAUGAGAAAUUGAAAUUUUGGGAAUCGUAUCGUAGUCAACUGAAAUCAUUGGAAAGGAUCAAGAUACCACGAUGGAUUGGAACUAAACAAGUUUACGAGGUGCAGCUUCAUGGAUUCGGAGACGCUUCUGUAUCAGCUUACGCAGCAGGCAUAAAUUGUGGUGGAAUGGCCCAGAAUGGCUUACGAACGACAGACUUAAUUUUCCAAGGCAACCCCAAGAAUACAUUACCGAUCUGGAGAGAAGAGGAGAGAAGACAAGCUGCAUUGGAAAUAAAUCACAUUCGAGACGACAAGCUUGAUGAAUAUUUGAUGAAAAGAGACUUAUCAUUGAACAAGCACAUAAGUUUACGCUACAUGGUGGUCCUACGCUGA